GCAAGCGCAACUGCUCUCGUGUGACGGAUGCCCCUCUACCCUGAUUCCCGUCUAGUCUUGAAAACCGUCCAAGUCUAAGGCAUACCAAAGAGCAGACCCAACUUCACAAUGCGUCUCGCCUCGAUCCUCUCCGCCACAGCAGCGGCCAUGGCUGUCUCCGUCCAAGCAGGAGGACAAUGCGCCGACAGGACGGCCAGCGGAGACGCCAUCACGGGGUUCCGCUUCUCGCCCGGCUGCAACACCUGGCAGUGGUACUCCCGCGACAAGGGCACGACCAUCACGCUCAACCCGGACUGCCAGCUGCGGCAGGCGUGGCCGAACCCGACGGCCGUGGGUUACGUGUGCAUUCGGAAUAAGUCGGGCGGCAACAAGUGCUUCGCGGCGCCGACGGCCGCCGACCAGAACUUUUGCGGGAUCCCGGCGGACUGGUGUAACAACAUUGAAAACAUGUGGGGGUGGGCGUAGUUGUUCCGGGAGAAAGAAUAGAAUUUCCGUGGAUUAUGCUGCUUGGUACCUUUUAUGUUGUCACGCUCUUGACUACCUUGUGAUACUUGUAACUCUGUUCAGCAUAGCUCACGUCGAUGUUCAACAUCGCUUGGUCACCAACGAUCCGUAAAUCCCAGUCUAUAUUUUCCUUUUUUUCUCUCCUACGAGACGCAAUCAUGAACAAUUUUAGGUAGCACUUGUGGCAGCCGUAUUAAC